GCCAGCCGCAAAUUCAUUGAUGCACCCAUUCCAGUGGUGUAACGGGUGUUUCUGCGGCCUGGGACUGGUUAGUACUAACAAGUCCUGCUCAAUGCCACCCAUCAGUUUCCAAGACCUUCCUCUCAACAUCUACAUGGUCAUCUUUGGUACAGGCAUCUUUGUCUUCAUGCUCAGCCUCAUCUUCUGCUGUUAUUUCAUCAGCAAACUGCGGAACCAGGCACAGAGUGAGAGAUACGGGUAUAAGGAGGUGGUGCUUAAAGGUGAUGCCAAGAAGUUACAAUUAUAUGGGCAGACCUGUGCAGUCUGUCUGGAGGACUUCAAGGGGAAGGACGAGUUGGGUGUGCUCCCAUGCCAACAUGCUUUCCAUCGGAAGUGUCUGGUGAAGUGGCUGGAGGUGCGCUGCGUCUGUCCUAUGUGCAACAAGCCCAUCGCGGGGCCCUCCGAGGCCGCUCAGAGCAUCGGGAUCCUAUUGGAUGAGCUGGUGUGAGCGCUGCCUCUCCGUCAAGGCCUGGAGAACACCUCUUCCUCAUGGGUGCCUGGUGCCUGCACAGCUGCAGUGAACAAGGCUGUCGGCUGGGAAUGGCCAUGCUGACCUGAAGGGUGAGACCAGACUUGCCCCACCUCCUGUCUCCUGAAGUCUUCUUCCCUGCUACUCGAUACUGAAAGCAUCGCCCACGAGGACCAGUGUCUCCUGGUACCGGAUGAUUUACCUGCUGUGUUGCUCUGGGGAAUGAAAUCGCCCCAUCUGGCCAGGAACUUGGAGCACCCAGUAGAGAUAGAGACUGACUGACCCACAGCACCCUAGGAGAAGGGAUGAAAUGGGCUGUUCCUUCUCCCCGACCCCCACUCCCCGAUCCCCACUCCUCACUCCUUCCGGGGAAGGUUAGAAGGGAAGGAAGGAAGAAAAGACCCAGGAAUCAAGUGCCUGCAGCAGAAGUGAGGUCGGCUCUGUGGGAAAUUAGGAAGAGCAGGGACGCACAGAAGCAACGUCAAUGUUUACAUGGGACCUAUGGAAACAAAGGCUGGCUGGCCAGCCUGCUGGCUGCAGGGUGAUGGAGGGUCAUCCCCCUCUGCUGGGUCUGAGGUGCUAGCCAUACCCUCUCUUCCGCGGUCCGCCUCAGAGCUAACUAUUCCACACCAGAGUCCGCGCCUCCACAGGAAGGGCUCGUGACCUCCCAUGGAUUUCCAGGGGCUUUUUCUAAAGGAGCAAAAGGGGCCUGGGGGUGGGGUGUCUGAAGGCUAAGAGAGCAACAGAUGCCUCUUCCCCCUGUAGAUAGUAUUUUUAUACUCCGUCCUCACCA